AUGGCUGAUGGUUGGACAGAUACUAGACAUAGGUCAUUGAUUAAUUUCCUUGUUUAUUGUCCUAGGGGAAUGGUAUUUGUAAAAUCAAUUGAUGCCUCAGAGAUUGUGAAAAGUACCAGAAAUUUGUUUAAAUUGUUUGAUGAAGUAGUUACAUGGGUUGGUCCAAAAAACAUAGUUCACAUGGUUACUGAUAAUGCUUCCAAUUAUGUAUCUGCUAGUAAAUCGUUGUGUGAAAAGUAUAAAACUAUUAGUUGGUCUCCUUGUGCAGCACAUUGCCUAAAUCUUGUGUUACAGGAUAUGAGAGACAUGCCUCAUGUGGAUAGACUAAAAAAACGUGCAUCCAAACUUACAGUUUUUAUUUAUAAUCAUGUGGCUUUGAUUGCUUGGUUGAGGAAUAGACCUGGUUGGUCAGAUAUUGUACGUCUGGGAGCAACAAGAUUUGCUACUACUUUCCUUUCAUUUGGAAGCAUUCAUGUGCAUAAGCAUGACUUGCAAGCCUUAGUGACUAGCAAGUUCUUUGUGGACAAUAGAUUGGUAAGAGAGUCAAAGGCAAAAGAAGCAGUUUCUAUCAUUUUGGAUAAUUCUUUUUGGGAUGAUAUUAAUGUUCUUGUCAAGAUUUCAUCGCCACUCAUUCGUUUGUUACAGAUUAUUGAUUCUGAUCAAAGGCCUGCAAUAGGAUAUAUGUAUGAGGGCAUGCAUAGAGCACGGUUGGGAAUCAAGAAGAUCUUCCAAAUGAAGAAGCACUUGCUUUACAACAAAAAGUUUAUUUUUGACCCCAUUGAUUUUGCAAGUAUUGACAUAACUAAUUUUUGGGUAUUUGUGGAAGAGGAAGACCCAUAUCUUAAUUAUGAAGAGUUGGAGAAUGCAAUUUAUGAAGAGGGUGCAUAUCCAGCAAGUGCAAAGCCUUCUUCUAAUAUUGAAGAAUCUGUAGAUGAUAGCAGUGAGGUUAAAGGAAUUGAUUUGGGAACAUUUGGACAACCUAUUGGCCCUCCUCCUGGAUUUCCAGGGAAUGAUGAUAAGCAUGAUAACUUUCAUGACAUUGAUGAUUUAUGA